UGCCUAAGUGUUAAACUUUUAUGUUACUUUAAGCUCUUAAAAGACGGUUGAGUGUUUUUGCUAUAAGAAGUCUCAGUAUAAAGUUUAAGAGUCGCUAAAAAUGGCUGACGAUCGCGCUGAGGAGACACACUGCGCAGACAGCGAAACACUGGAAUAUUACUGCAUAAUAUUUUGGCACAGCGUUUCUAAUGAUGUGUGCGCAAUGCAUACAUACUUUUUUAUGAGCACACACUGCGAGUAAAAGAGUUUGCUCGCGGAGCAGCCAAAUAUACAGACAAACAGAGAUAGUAAACAGAAAAACAAAGGAAAGAAACUAAUGUUUGUUCUUUGAAAUGAGACGUCUCUUAGCUCUGCUUGGAGUUUCUUCUUGGUGUUCUUAGCUCUGCUGUGACCUUAGUAAAGAGCAACGCACUUACGAGAAAGUUGACCAUCAGACGUAUAUUGCUAAUUUCGUCUGGUUAGAACUGUGAAAAGAGAACUGUAAUAAUUUUGUUUUAGAGUAUCGAUAGCGACGAGGAAGAUGAUAUUAACAAUGAACUGAAAAUGACCAACAAUAAUAAUUCGAUUUCUUCACAAGAUGUCUCAUCUGAAUAUGAAUGGUCUGAUGAUGAAGGUGAGGUAACUGAUGUAAGAUCAUAA